ACAUGUCUCCUUGUGUAAGAUGGCCUUUGUCGAUGAAAGAAUUGUAGGGUUAUGUUGACUACGGAAUUAAAAUAGUAAAAAAUUUUAAAUCAAUUUGUUAAUGACAUUUAAGUUUCAUGUUACAGUUUACCUAUUCAAAUAAAAAGAAUGUUCGAGAACCGAUAUAUACACUUCCACGCAUGAAUUUAGCACACACGCCAAUGCGCGCUGCCAUUCUAAAAAUUUCUGUAUAGCCACGUAGUUAAAAUUAAUAUACGAGUUAAUUUUAAUACAAAUUACACGGAUCGUGUGUACGAAAAUAAAACUGAAUUAUAAUGUAUAUUCCUUUUAAAUUACUUCAAAGUGUUUGUUAAGAUAAGAAUUAAUUUGCAUAAAGUGGCCAGUAACACAGAUAUGCACUCCGAUUACAUUGCGAGGUUUCACAAUUUUCUUUGUGCUACCUGCUUUGAAGCAUUACAGUCGUGCUUGCACUGUGAAUAUACAGUAAUUUAGUUACCUAUAACAAUGAAUAUAAUAACAUGCAUUGCUCCUGUCAAUAUUGCGGUAAUCAAGUACUGGGGAAAACGGGAUGAGAAGUUGAUACUACCUUUAAAUGAUUCUGUCAGCGCUACACUGAGCAUCAAAGAAAUGCAUGCCAAGACAACCGUGAUGGCCAGUCCAAAUUUUAAAGAAGACAAAAUAUGGUUGAAUGGAAAAGAAGAAACAUUUCAGAAUCAAAGGCUGCAGAGCUGUUUACAAGAGAUUCGAAGAAGAGCCAAGCAGAAGGCAGAUAACAAAGGCGAUAGCAUCAGUAACUGGAGCAUCCAUGUAUGCUCUGAAAAUAAUUUUCCAACAGCAGCUGGACUUGCCUCUUCUGCUGCUGGCUAUGCUUGUCUUGUGUUUGCCUUGGCUCAGCUGUACGACGUGAGCGGAGACAUCUCCGGAAUUGCUCGACAAGGGUCAGGCAGUGCUUGCCGCAGUUUGUAUGGAGGAUUUGUUCGGUGGCACCAAGGUUCUGCCUUGGAUGGUUCUGAUUCCAUAGCUACACAAGUUGCUCCAGAAUCUCACUGGCCUGAAAUGAGAAUUUUGGUUCUAGUGGUGAGCGAUAAGCGCAAGAAAGUGAGCAGCUCUGCUGGCAUGCAGAACAGCGUGAACACAAGUGAACUGCUGAAGUAUCGUGUGUCUCACUGCGUUCCUCAGCGAACCGAAGCUAUUGUAAAGGCAAUUAUUAACAAGGAUUUCGAUACUUUUGCUGACAUAACAAUGAAAGACAGCAAUCAGUUCCAUGCUGUAUGUUUGGAUACUUUCCCUCCAAAUGUUUACAUGAAUGAUACAUCCCAUGCCAUUGUCAAUCUUAUCCACAGCUAUAACACUGCCAGUGAGAAGAAUAAGGUCACAUACACAUUUGAUGCCGGCCCAAAUGCUUGUCUCUAUCUCCUGCAAUCUGAAGUUCCAAAGCUGCUAGCUGUUCUUAAUCAUAUCUUUCCAGCAGGGAAUGAAAGUGUGGAAUAUUUGCAGGGCAUUCCUGUGGAGAAACAGGCUGUUUCACAGGAGUUCAUUGCAGCCAUUGGUAUGCAGCCACAGGAACCAGGACUUUUGAAGUAUAUGAUUCACACCGAAGUAGGUGUUGGACCACAGGUGUUGAAUGAACCACGCCAUCAUCUUCUUACAGAUGCUGGAUUCCCAAAAGCGUCGGUGUGAACAAUUCACAACUACAUACAUUUCUCAUGCAUUUAUCUGUGUUGUUCUCAGGAAGAGGUACUAUUAUAGUCUUGUGAUUACUGAUCACAUGUUAGAGCAGUGUAACUUGUCUGCAUCAUUUGAGUCUAUGUACUCUUCUCGUCAAUCAGGAUUCUGACCAAUCAACAGAAGUAUUCAGCGUUUCUGUUUGCUAGUACUUCGAACCUAUUCUGACUGGUAAAAUUGCGAUGGAUUUUCUGAGAAACAGCCCUGUCCGUGCUUCACUGUAUGGAAAAUAUAAUGCUGAAUAUUUUGCAUUAUGGCCCCCUUUGUAAUAAGUACCAUUUCUUCUCUACUAUUUGCUUUUUGCUACCACCUCUUCACCUUUAGCUCUCAUAUAUCAUUCUCUGCAUCUCCCAGCCAUGUCAGUAUGGUUCUUUUCACCUUCCUUCCAUUUUCUAGCUCACUUUCAAGAAUUUUCUUAUUCACCUUUGUUCAUCCUUUGCAACCUCUCCAACCUCCUCCCGUUAUUAUCUGCUGCCAGAUCAGGGAUUUUAUACAAUUCCCCGAGUUCUUACUUACUUCUGGUUCUCCCUAGCUCUUGCUCAGUUACUAGUCCAUACAAAGUAAUCUACAGAUAUAAUUAUCCCUAGGGCAACUAAAUAUGCUUAUUUGCAAUGUAAAAUUAAUAGUUUUAUGUAAUAUUAAAACUGAGAAAUUGUAACAAUUUCGUUUCACUAUGAGUUGGUCAUACCCCCAGGCUCUUUGCUGAUCUGGAACACGUCCCUAAUUGCAAACUGCGGGGGUCUGUCUAGUUCUAAAAAUCAACGUACACCCCUCAAAUUAAUGUAUGGUAGUUAUAAAAUUUCAAAGCUGUUCUUCAGUUCUGAAUUUAAAACUGUGAAGCGAUUGUCAACCAACAAGAACAGCUGUAUAUCAUAUCUGUUUCUUCAAGCCUGAACCAUUUUGCCAGACUACAAUUUUAUUUUUAAAACUACACCCCUGAAUACAAUUAUAUUAUUAAUAUUUAUGUACCUUGUAAGUGCUGGGUUUAUGUGCUGCAUUUAUUUUAAUGUAUUAAUUUGAUAAGGAAUUCUUCCAAACAAUAAAUACAUCUAUAUUUUUA